GUUCUAUAUAAGCUCCAUCGGCGAUUCCCAGACAUCAUCAGUCAACCUUUGGAUCUUCUCGAGCCAACAAGCCAAGCAAACAAAAAACAAUCUUCAAAAUGUUCAAAUUCAUCGCCGUCAUUGCCCUCCUGGUCGCCACCACCAGCGCUGGUCUGAUCGAGACCCACCAUGUGGUCCAUGAGCCCGUCCUAGCCAAGGUGGGAGCUGUGGUGCACUCUGCCCCGUCUGCCGUGUCCCACCAGAGCAUCACCCAAGUGCACAGCAAGGCCGUCGUCCAGCCCGUGGUGGCUCCUGUCCUGAAGACCACCAUCCACGCAGCUCCUGUGGUUCACUCCGUGCCUUUGGUGCAUGCUGCCCCCGUUGUCCACUCCGUGCCAGUGGUGCAUGCCGCUCCCGUUGUCCACUCCGUGCCGGUGGUGCACUCGGCCCCUCUCAUCAAGUCCGUCCUGCACCCAGCUCCUCUGGCCUACACCCUCCACCAUUAAAGUACUCUUUUUGUUAAAUUGUUGACCUUAAAAAAUUGAUUAAUAAAAUCCAUAAAAGUAUUAUUGAACCAUAAAA